GGAACCUCGUGGUCAAAAAUCGAUUUCCAAAAUGUUGGUGCUGUUCGAAACACCGGCUGGUUAUGCCGUUUUCAAGCUCCUGGAUGAGAAGAAACUCAGCAAGGCCGAAAAUCUCUAUCUUGACUUUGAGACGCCAGAGAAAGCAGCAAAUGUAGUCAAACUGAAGUCAUUCUCAAAGUUCAAAGACACGACAGAGGCUCUAGCAGCCGCUACUGCUGCUGUAGAGGGAAAGAUGGGCAAAGCAUUGAAGAAGAUGCUCAAGAAGAUUGUGGCUAAGGAGGCACAUGAAGAGCUAGCAGUAGCUGACGCUAAGUUGGGCAACAUUAUCAAGGAAAAAUUGGAACUGCAAUGUGUGUCAAACUCAGCAGUCCAUGAACUAAUGAGGGGAAUCCGUGCGCAGAUGGACAGUUUAGUAACAAUCCCUGAGAAAGAGAUGUCAGCCAUGGCAUUGGGUUUAGCUCACAGUCUAUCACGUUACAAGCUGAAGUUCAGCCCUGAUAAAAUUGACACAAUGAUCGUCCAAGCCAUAUCUCUCCUGGAUGACCUCGACAAAGAACUGAACAACUAUAUCAUGAGAGCGAGAGAGUGGUACGGAUGGCAUUUCCCCGAGCUCGGCAAAGUUAUCACAGACAACUUGGCGUACGCCAGGGUCGUGAAAGCUAUCGGUGAUCGUACAAAUGUCGCCAAAAUGGACCUUUCGUCGAUUCUGCCCGAGGAGUUGGAACAGGAAGUGAAGGAGGUCGCAGAGAUCUCCAUGGGAACCGAAGUGUCUGAAGAAGAUAUCACGAAUGUGAUCUUCCUGUGUGACCAGGUUAUAGAAAUCACAGAGUACAGGACACAACUUUACGACUAUUUGAAGAAUCGUAUGAUGGCAGUAGCGCCAAAUCUGACAGUCCUGGUUGGUGAAUUGGUGGGCGCUCGGUUAGUUGCUCAUGCAGGUUCCCUGAUGAAUCUCGCCAAACACCCUUCGUCAACUGUUCAGAUUCUUGGCGCAGAGAAAGCGUUAUUCCGAGCUUUAAAAACCAAACACGACACGCCCAAAUAUGGUCUUAUCUACCACGCCUCUCUCGUGGGGCAGACAACACCAAAGAAUAAAGGAAAGAUAUCGCGUAUGUUAGCCGCCAAGACGUCACUAGCCAUUCGAGUGGAUGCCUUAGGAGAGGAUGUCAACUCUGAGCUUGGUAUCGAACACAGGGCAAAGUUGGAAUCAAGGUUACGAUAUCUCGAGGAGGGAGGGAUGCGACAAAUCAGUGGGAGUGGAAAGAAAAUGGCGCAAUGGGAUAAAUAUUCCGCCAAGAGCGAAGUCAAAACGUACAAUCCAGCCGCAGAUUCGACACUCCCGAACGUACCUAAAAAGAGAAAGUUCGUGGAGGACAAUGAGCCUAUACCGAAUGGAGAUUCCGACGUAAAGUCGCCGAAAAAGAAGAAGGUCAAGAAGGAUUUGGAAGAUGCGAACGAAUCCGUCUCUGAGGAGAAAGAUAAAAAGAAGAAAAAGAAGAAGAAGCGAGAGUCUGAGGCUGCGGAGGCAGAUACGACCAUCGAAACGUCACAGUUAGAAGAUAUGGUCGAGAAUGGAUCCGAGAAGAAGAAGAAGAAGAAAAAGCGGGAGUCCGAAGCGGCAGAGGCUGAUACGACAAUGGAGACGUCACAGUUAAACGAUACAGUGGAUGAUGGUACAGAGAAGAAGAAAAAGAAGAAGAAGAAGAAAUCCAAGGAUGAAUGAUGUCUGAAGAUUUUAAAGAAGUCAAAAAUAUAAACUUAUGAAAAAUUGCAAGUUUUGCCUGUUUUGGGGUAUCGGCAGGCUGUGGCGAGAAGGAGAAUUUUAUCUAUUAUUUUUUCCUGUCUGGAGUAUUCGCUGGCUGUUUCAGUUGUUGGAAAUCAGAAGUGUGGCAGGCCAAGCAACCCCGAGAGCUUUCAGGAAGUAUUUGUUUACACAUACCAGUUGUGCAUUUCACAUUAUUUUUUGUUAAGGACAUUGUCUCCAGAAUUUCUAGUGAAUGGUCAAUGACUGGUAUUCAGAACUUUAAAAAAUCUUUGGACUCGAAACGAAUAUCCUAAAGUUUUAUUGGAUACACUGUUGUGUCUCAUGAGUCUGGGUUUAGUUUCAGUUUAAUUCCAAGACUGUCACGUAAUUUUCUUACGUAUUUUACAUGUAAUAUUCAGUUAAAUCAUUCCGGUAAUAGAAUGAAAUCAUGUUGGUUGAUCAAGGGUUUGAGAGAACUUUUAGAAAAUCAUGUCAAAAAUGU